AUGAGGUGCGUAUGCAAGUCUUGGUCCUCCCUCAUCCACAGCCCUUCCUUCGUCGCCGCCUUCCACAACUUUCACUGCAACGACAAGCGCACUACUCACUUCCUUUUCGGAAAGUAUAGCUUCGGAGAGGAUAACCGCUACUUCUCGACAAAAAUAGAGCAACAAGAGAAUGCUCCAAAACCCCUCGCAGAACUUUCAUACCUGACUCAAUUCAAAGCUUUCACAGCGUUUUGUCAAGGUAUGCAGAGUGUCCAUGGCUUGGUUUGUGCGUCCACUAUGUUUGACGACCAUGUUUCCAUACUUAACCCUACCACUCGAGAGUCCAUUGAACUUCUCCAUACCGAUGUGCUUGUACUAACAGAAGGAGUGUCCAAUGCUCAAUAUUACUUUGGGUUCAGUCCCCUCACAAACGAGUAUAAGGUUCUGCAGAUCAUUUGUGUUGAUCCCAGUGGACUUGGAAAAUUGGAUACUGGGUUGUUGAACAUAUUCACAAUAGGUACAGAUUCUUCGUGGAGGCCAUUGCAGGUAGACCAACACAGCGACCUUCUGGAGGAGUUAGUCAAUGGGGUCGUACAUUGGCUCCAUGAGAAGCAGAAAGUGAUAGUGGCUUUUGACGUUAGAGAGGAGACAUUCAGAGUAUUGCACUACCCCAAGAUUAUGCUCAAGUGUUUGAUGAUUAUGUUGAUAAAGAUAAUCAUCUCUAUCGUUAUGGAAGUGUUGCCGAUACUUUCCAUCUACAAAGUGCAUGUGUAG